AUGGGCAAGUCGGGUCGUCGUCGUCGAGUGCGCAAGACGAAGUGCACGAGUGACCGUCCAGCAUGUGUCCAGUGCCUCAAGGCCGCCGCCGCAAAGGGCUGCGACACUUCGCUCGUUCGCUGCGUCUAUUCGGCUGCGUCAGUCUUUGCGACGAGCGAGGACAGGGAGUUCGAGGCUGCGCGGGGCGGGCGGGGCGCGCAGUGCUACUGGGGUGAGGGGAGGGCGGAGGGCGGGGGCGGUGGCGAUGCGGUGGCGCGAGAUGAGCGCGCGGAAGAGCCGGAGGAGGAGGAUGUCGCGGUGCUGCCCAGCGCGUCCGCCUCGACGACCGUCGACACGUCCGCCGAGCAGCCAGCUCGCUCGCCGUCUCCUGCUUCGUCGAUCGACACCUGCACCCUACCCUCUCGCUCACCUUCGCCGCCCGACACGCCGCCGACGUCUCCUUUCACCGCAAGGCUCGCGCCGACGCCGUUUCGCCCGCCGCCUCUACCUCUGCCCGUCUCGCCGCCUUCCAUUCCCUCGGCCUUCUCAACCGGUCGACUCGCUUUCCCGCCCUCCCCUACUCGCCCAGCACUCUUCAACAUCCCCGCUCGUUCAACCCUCGCAACCGCCUUCCUCGUCAACCCCGCCGACACGCUCCUCGACUCACCUCUCCCCUCACGCCUCACGCUUCGCACGCAAGUCCCGCUCGCCUUUUCCUCGACGUCGACUCCGCUCGAACCGCUCCCUUCGACGUUGGACGCGGGUUUCUGGGCGGGAGGACCGCUCUCCCACGACGAGGUCAAUGAGUGGCCGGGACUGAAGCAUGUUGCGAAGAGGAGCAUCGGAGGCUGA